AGGUGAAGACUCUCUGACUAGUUUACAUCGUGGAUGAUCUUGAAAGCAAAUCUACUCAGCCAUGUCGUAUGGUGCGGGUUUUGGGGAUCCCAAUCAACUAGCCCAACGCAUAACUUCUAACAUCCAGAAGAUCACACAAUGCUCUGCUGAAAUACAAAGAAUACUACAUCAGCUUGGAACACCACAAGAUACGCCUGAGUUGAGGCAACAGCUGCAACAGAAGCAGCAAUACACCAACCAGCUCGCCAAAGAAACCGACAAAUACAUUAAAGAGUUUGGAUCUUUGCCAGCAACAAGUGAACAGCGUCAAAGAAAAAUACAGAAAGACCGUCUUGUGGGGGAGUUCACCACAGCACUAACAAAUUUCCAAAGACUCCAAAGGCAAGCUGCAGAGAAAGAAAAAGACUUUGUAGCCAGAGUAAGAGCCAGCUCAAGGGUAUCUGGUGGUGCUCCUGAAGAUAGCUACAAAGAAGGAACACUUGUCUCUUGGGACAGUCAACCGCAAGCACAAGUGCAAGAUGACGAAAUUACAGAAGAUGACCUCCGUCUUAUUGAGGAGAGAGAAUCUUCCAUUAGGCAGCUUGAGGCAGAUAUUAUGGACAUCAAUGAAAUUUUUAAAGAUCUAGGAAUGAUGAUUCAUGAACAAGGUGAUGUGAUAGACAGCAUAGAAGCCAACGUGGAAAAUGCAGAUGUACAUGUGCAGCAAGCAAACCAACAGCUGUCAAGAGCAGCAAACUACCAGCAAAAAUCCCGAAAGAAGAUGUGCAUCCUCGUUAUUGUACUUGCUGUUGGCGUAUUGCUUCUUGGAAUCAUCAUAUGGUUAUCUGUAAAAUAAGCCUCUGGAGAAAAUGUUGCAAUUGGUAUUUAAAUUAUGAAAGGAAAUUCCUAGUCCUGGUUUGCUUAUUGUGAAGCUGAGUAAAAUAAUGGUUCUGUACUUCAUCACACUUAUUUUUUUAUAAGACUUUUUGUUUUAACCUGGGAAGUAACAUUCUCAGUACUACCGUAAGUAUAACUGCCUGCCCUCUUGGAUGUGACUGCUGUCUUACCAGGAAGAAAAAACAGUCAACAUCAUAAACUGUUCCGUUAACUUAAACAUAAAAACCUGUUAAGGUUUAGGGGGGCUAAUCAAAAUCCUGAUAAUUUGUUUUGAAGGAGUGGAUAAUUAUCUUUUGAGAUAUUGCUAAAUGUUGCUGCCAGAACAAACUCCUGAAUUGUUGCUUGCGGCAACAAAUUCACAUCUCAGAAUUUAUUUUUAAGUUAGAAAUGUAUUUCCAUAUCUUUCCCUUCCAUCCCACUCACCUGCCCAUUUGAUAUGGGUGGUUCAGAAAUAAAAUGUAGGUUGCUGAAGUUGGUGUGAUCUCUCUUUUAUAACUGAAGCCUUUGAAUUAAGCCUUCAGUUUGCCUGAAAUCUUUUAGAUGCUUCAUAUAUCUCUGUAUCUGG